AUGAACCUCCUCGCUUUCCUCUCAACAUCACUUCUCCUACUCCCUCUCCACACCCUCGCCUCUCAGAGCGCCCAAGUCCCUAUACCUGGUGCAACGCAGGCCGAGAACACUUACGUCUCUCGUAUCCACCCAUCCGCAGCAGUCUGGAAGAAGUGCAUCGACGUGCGCGGAGGGGAGUUGGAAUUGCGGACUCCAAUUCAGGUAUACGAUUGCAACGGCACUCCCGCGCAAGCAUGGGUUUACGACGGUCGUACCUUACACGGGACUCUCCUGAGGGUUUCUGGAACGCCUUACUGCCUCGAUGCUGGUGAUCCCCCUUUCACCAACGGGAAGAAAGUCCACCUCUGGGAGUGUAUUCACGGUAUCCCAGCGCAGAUCUGGAGGUAUGACUACACCGGCCGCUGGUAUCUCGGAGACUCUGGGUACUGCCUUGACCUUACAGAUGGCAAACUUGAUAACGGAAACCAACUCCAAAUCUGGGAGUGCAAUGACGGGCCUAACCAGAAGUGGAUUAUCGACUUGUGA